AUGGCAAGUUUUAUUAGUAAACUGAUUCGAGCGACGGAAAUAUCCGAUAAUUGCGGGCGAAAAUUAUUUGCUUUAAAGGAGAAAUUGCAUUUAGCGCGAGUGCAACGAGCAACAAUAGCCAAAGCAGUUAGCGCAUAUGCAGUUCGGACAUGCAUACGUUUCGUGCCGAAACAACCAUUUGACCGCGAUUAUAUCGUGAUUUCGAAACAGGACGGUUGUUAUGCCGACUUCGCAAGAGUAGGUGGACCACAACAAGUGUCAUUAGCAGACGAAUGUCUACAAUAUUCAACUAUAAUCCAUGAAUUUAUGCAUGUCAUAGGUUUUAUCCACGAGCAUCAAAGAGGCGAUCGAGAUACCUAUGUUAAUAUAAUAUGGGAAAAUAUUAUACCAGGUGCACAUACAGAUUUUGAUAAACUCUCCACAGUUGGUUUGUCGUAUUAUGGUGAAUCUUAUGAUUACUUUUCGAUAAUGCAUUAUGAAUCAACUGAAGGCAGUAGAAAUGGAAAAAAUACUAUCGAAGCAAAACAAAGGCGCUUUACAAGUUUGAUGGGCAAAAGUCGAGAUUUUGCUCCAAGUGAUAUUAAUCGCAUUAACCGAGCUUACAACUGCAUACCUCAGAAAUUUAAUAUAAAUUUACGAUAA